AUGUCGCAGCUAAGUAAGAAUCUGGGUGAUUCCAGUCCCCCGGCGGAGGCUCCCAAGCCCCCGGUCUAUAGCCGCCCUACGGUUCUGAUGCGGGCGCCGCCCGCCUCCUCCCGGGCUCCGCCGGUCCCCUGGGACCCACCUCCGAUUGAUUUGCAGGCUUCACUGGCCGCUUGGCAGGCGCCGCAACCUGCCUGGGAGGGCCCGCAGGGCCAGCCGCCCGCCCCCGUGGCUGCCAUGGCCCAGCCUCCGGCCCUGGGGGCCCCGCUGGUCCAGGCUCCCCCUCUGGGAGGGCCGAUGGGCAAGCCCCCGACUCCCGGGGUCCUGAUGAUACAUCCUCCCCCUCCGGGAGCCCCGAUACCACAGCCUCCGACUCCGGGGGUCCUGAUGAUGCACCCUUCGGCUCCCGGAGGCCCCCUGGCCCAUCCUGCUCCUCCGGGGACCCCGAUGGCCCAUCCUGCUCCUCCGGGGACCCCGAUGGCGCAUCCUCCCCCUCCGGGGACCCCGAUGGUGCACCCACCCCCUCCGGGGACGCCGAUGGCUCAUCCUCCCCCUCCGGGGACGCCGAUGGCCCAUCCUGCCCCUCCGGGGACGCCGAUGGCACAUCCUGCCCCUCCGGGGACGCCGAUGGCCCAUCCUGCCCCUCCGGGGACACCGAUGGCCCAGCCUCCAGCUCCGGGAGUCCUCAUGGCUCAGCCGCUGACUCCGGGGGUCCUGAUGGUCCAGCCUACCGCUCCGGGAGCCGCGAUGGCCCAGCCUCCACCCCCGGCAGCCUUGAUAGCACAGCCUCCGCCUCCGGGAGCCGCGCUGGCCAAGCCUCCAGGGCCCGGCGUCCUGAUGAUCCACCCUUCGGGGUCCAGAGCUCCGAUCAACCAGCCUGCAGCCUCACCGGCCCCGAUGGCACAGCCGGCAGCUCCACCUGCGCAGCCUCUGGCUUCCUGGGCCCCACAGGCUCAGCCUCUGAUUCUGCAAAUCCAGUCCCAGGUUAUAAGGGCUCCUCCGCAGGUUCCCCAGAGCCCGCAGGCCGCGCCAGCCCAGAUGGCCACACCCCCGGGCUGGCAGGCCACCUCGCCGGGCUGGCAGGCCCCAGCACAAGCCUGGCAGGCCACGCCCCUGGCCUGGCAGGCCACACAGGUCACCUGGCAGGCUCCGACCAUUGCCUGGCAGGCGCAGCCGCCCGUGCGCCAGGGGCCGCCCCCGAUCCGCCCAGGCCCACCACCUAUCCGACCGGGGCCCCCGCCGGUGCGCCAGGGGCCGCCCCCGAUCCGCCAGGCACCGCCGCUGAUCCGUCAGUCGCCGCCGCCCAUCCGGCCUGCCCCACAGGUGCUGACCACGCCACCUCCACUCUGGCAGGCCCUGCCGCCCCCACCACCUCUGCGGCAGGCCCCUCAGGCUCGGCUGCCCACCCCGCAGCUGCGGGCAGCCCCCCAGAUGCGAGCGGCCCCGCAGGUGCGGGCGCCCCCGCAGGUGCCCACGGUCCCUCCAGCAACGCAGGUGCCCACAGCGCCUCUCGCUGGUCCGCAGGUGCCCCAGGCCGCGCUGUCGGCCGCGCUGUCGGCCCCUCUGUCGGCGCCGCAGGCCGUACACUGCCCGCCUAUCAUCUGGCAGGCCCCCAAAGGCCAGGCGCCCGUGCCGCAGGAGAUGCCCACGUCGAUGGAGUUCCAGGAGGUGCCGCAAGCCCAGGCGCUGGCCUGGCAGACCCCCAAGGCCCCCGGGCACUUCUGGCAGCCCCUGCCCGCCCAGGAGGCUCAGAGGCAGGGCCCACCGCUGGUCCAGGUAGAGCAGCCCUUUCAGGGGGUCCCGGCCUCCCAAAAGGCUCUGCAGAUCCAGCUACCCGCCCAGCCGGCCCAGCCCGCGGGCCCGCAAGCAGAGCUGCCGGCCUUACAACUCCAGCCCCCCUGGCAGGGACCCCCUGCCGCCUUGCAGGGCCAGCCUGGAGCGCCCUUAGCGGCGGCAAAUUUUCCCAUGGGCUCUGCUAAAUCACUGAUGACUCCAUCAGGAGAACCCAGAGCCUCCUCAAUAGACCGCAGGACCUCGUCCAAGGAGCGCAGAACCUCGUCCAAGGAGCGCAGGGCUCCUUCCAAGGACCGCAUGAUCUUUGCCGCCACUUUCUGUGCCCCCAAGGCCGCCUCAGCUGCCCGAGCACACCUGCCCACUGCCUGGAAAAACUUGCCUACCACACCGGAGACCUACACUGCCGCCGCCAGGGGCUUUCCUGCUACCUCCCAGCUCCAGCCUGCCUCUUCGAACGCCUUCACCGGCCCGCCUGCCAUCUUGGAGACCCCGAAGUCACUGCCACUCGCUCCGAAGGAUCCCUUUGCCUACGUCGAGGCCCUGCCGGCUGUCCCGUGGGUGCCGCAGCCGAACGCGAGCACACCCAGGGGGUCCAAGGCAGCGCCCACCAUGCUGAUGGCCACAGCGGCUGCCCCCCAGGCCAUGGCCACCACUCAAGAGGCCUCGAAGACCCCCGAUGAGCCGCCGCGUCGCUCGGGCAAAGCCACCCGUAAGAAGAAGCACCUGAACACCGAAGAGGACAACAGUGGCCAGAUGCUGGGCCUGCUUGACUGGCAGGCCCCAAGGCCCUGGGAUAACCUGAACUUGAAUGACUGGCAGGUUCAAAACCCUUUCCAGGUCCUGGGUGAUUGGCAGGACCCAAAUACCUCCUACGGCCUGAGCGGCUGGGAGGGCCCUAGUACCUCCAGGAUCCUUAGUGGCUGGGAGGGUCCCGGCACCUCCUGGGCCCUGAGUGCCUGGGAGGGUCCCAGCACCUCCAGGGCCCUGGGUCUCUGGGAAAACGUAGGCAGCCCUCAGCCUUUGAUCAUCUCUGAGCUCCCCGGGCUCUCUCUGGGCUUCGGUACCACCCAGAGCGACCCCAAGUUGGAGACGCAGCCACUGUCUCCCUUGGAUGAGAGAGCCAAUGCUUUGGUGCAGUUUCUCCUGGUCAAGGACCGAGCCAAGGUGCCCAUCAGGCGCUCAGAGAUGGUGAAAUUCAUCAUUCGUGAAUACAAAGAUGAGUGCUUGGAGAUCAUCAAACGUGCCAACAAUAAGCUAGAGUGUGUCUUUGGCUACCAGUUGAAGGAAAUUGACCCCCAAACCCACUCUUACAUUAUUAUCAACAAGCUGGGGCACUACCCGGGGGAGCCAGGCGUGUCCUACUUAGACACGCCCAAGUUCGGCCUCCUGAUGGUGGUCCUGAGCCUCAUCUUUAUGAAAGGCAAUUGUGUCCGGGAGGAGCUGAUCUUUAACCUCCUGUACAAGCUCGGGGUGGACGUCCGGGAGACCCACGGUCUCUUCGGAAACACAAAGAAGCUCAUCACUGAAGUGUUUGUGAGGCAGAAGUACCUAGAGUACAGGCGCGUCCCCAACACCGAGCCCGCACAAUAUGAGUUCCUUUGGGGCCCCCGAGCAUUCCUCGAAACCAGCAAGAUGCUCGUCCUGAGGUUCCUGGCCAGGCUCCAUAAGAAAGAUCCUCAGUGCUGGCCGUUCCAGUACUUUGAAGCCCUGGCAGAAUGUGAGUCUGAGGAUCGGGAGGAAGAUGAGCCAGGACCCGAUGAUAAAGCCGGGGGUCCCCCCAGCAGCCCCCCUCCCCACUAA